AUGGCUAGCGCAUCGACUUCAAGAUCAGGCAUGGAUGGCCAGAAGGUCUCUGGCAAGCCAUCAAAGCUUCUUGCUCGUUCCAAGACACUUUAUCGCUCGCCGCAUGGUGACAGUGGAUCAGGAGCUGGAUUCUGGCUGGCUAACAGCCCAAGCCCAAAUAUGGCUUCAUUUGCAGAUUCUGCCGUGUCGAGCAGCAAGGAGACCGACUCUGUUGUUCGAAGCAAGGAUAGCCAAGGGGCAUCAACUUCAUAUCAGCAGGCUGGACAGCAGAAGAAGAGGAUCUAUCACUUUUCCGCUGAACUGGCACGUGCUUCGCACGGCGGCUGUGCCAUGACUCUGGGAGGUAGCAUGGACUAUGAGCCGACCUACACCGCGGCUGAAGGAUGCAAAGGGUCGAUGGAUGACGGGGAUGUAGACCUCGACCUCUCCUUCGAUUAUGUCUCCCGCUUGGAUGGGUCUCUGUCGUUGGAUCCACGGGAAUCGAGCCAAGCUGAGCUGGAACCUCGUCUCACCAGCCACUUUUCACCCGAUCACACGCCAGAGUCGGUAGAAGCUCCAAGCUCUCACAAUGCGGCAAAAGCGGCCAUAGAGACAAGAUCAACCUCUUCCAACUCUCUUUCCUCUUGGACAGGCUUCAGCACAUCACCUUCUCCAAACAGCAAAGCACUCAGGAGCAUGAGGGCCAACGCGGAUUGGGAGAAAAGGAGGAAAGCACCACCUGCACCGUUGAACUUGACAGCUGGAGCAGAGGCUAAGCGACAACGAGGGCUUGCGAUGGAAAGAGCUCAGAAACAUGCGCAAGAGCGCAAGCUGCCGUUGAUGGGCACAAUGGUGUCAGGGCCCAGUGCCGAGCUUGGUCCAGCUAGUGGCGAGCUGAUUGGCAAGAGCGUCUUCUCGCCAGUGACGCCAGCGACAGGGACGGCCGCUUCGUUGCCUGCUGCGCAAGAGCCGUUACCAUUGACACCGCUCAGCGCAACAAGGAGAGGAGCAGCCAUCCACCGUCUGCCUCGGCACAAUCCAUCGGCUUCUCACGACGGCACACCCGAUUCGGCAUGGAUCCGAAGAGCUGCCUCUACAUCAGCAGCAACAGCGAAACAGCAGAGCUUAGACACGCUUCGCCGCACACCAAGCUCGGCAGCGCACUCUUGCCACCAGGCAAGUGCAGUGCAACAGAGACGUCGAGCACGAUCGCACUCAAAUCGGUCCUUCCGAACUUGGGCAUCUCCCGCCUCACUUGGUCCACCGCCUUUGCCACCUCCCAAUAAGCCUUUGCCUUGUCCUGCGCCCAGUCCGUCAUCCAAGGAGCACUCUCUCCCUUCCACCUCGGCUUAUCACACUGCCAAGAAUUCAAACUCGACCAUCACAAAGUCGGCAGGCACUCGACCUUUAGUCUCAUCAGUCGACUCUAGCCAAGCAGCUCGCUCUCUCAGGUGCAGAACAGCACAGAAGCGUUCGAGUUCGGACAGUUUCCGAACAGCCAUCUCUGACGCUAUCACCGUCGAAGCCAGCAGCAGCAGCAGCAGCAGCAGCAGCAGCAUCAGAUGGCGAGAGCAAUUGUCGAAUGCUCCUCCGCUGCCACCACUGCAGCGAUACGAAGCACUCUUCCCCGCUCAAAACGAUUGCCAGGCCGCACAUCCCUCAGCACCGUUGGAUGGCCCUUUGACGAUCGAAUCGAGCAAUCUGCUGGCUAUCCCACCCACCACUACAGCUUCCACAUUGACAUUCCUACCAAUCACAUCCAGCAGCCUAGUGGGAUUUUCCGCAACGACAUGGAGCAUGUCAGAUCAAUCUACUCCUUCAACGCAUCACACUCCCUUGACGCCUUUCACGCCCAUGUUUGAUCUCAUGCCGGGCACCGCUACGAGCGCCAAGACACAGUUCACGGCUGCGACACGCCCGUCUAUCUGCAGCGAGCCACCUCAGGCUCACCAGAAUCAGGGCAAAUCUGGGGCGCAGGCUGAGCCUCGUGGCGGACGCAACACCGAACAGUGCAUCCUCACCCAGCGACAACGUAAAGCACUCCUUCAGAGCGAAGAGCGUUUCUUUCACGCUGCCCAGACUUUGGCACGCCUAUCCAUUCGAGCAGACGAGCGCCACAACGCAGUGCAUCCAACCAUCAGCCUACCAGCGACGCAAGAAGAGGCCACCUCCGAAACUAGAUCAAGGCAGGACUCGCGCAGUACCGACGCCACGGACGAUGAUCAGCAUCCUAGAGCGCGCCAGACCUUGGUCAUCUCGACCGUUUCCACACCGGAUGAGAGCGUUGAUCCGUUUGCGUUUGUUGCGCGCAAGCCCACCUUGAUUCCUGAUGGAUCGUCAUCGAUUGGCCUUGAUGUCGGAGCUGCUAUGCACAACGCAGUACAAUGUUCACAGGAGGCAGGUCCAAAGCCCACGACAUGCAAUCAAAGUGCAACAACGGGUCCUUGGCCGCAGUCUCCCUUGCUGCUCAACCUCAACUUGCCCAACGAGGCAGGCGUGAAAGCGACAGCAGAGCCCGUCGUAUCUCCAGCUCUGACCACCAUCAUCCACAGCAACUAUGCGACACCUCAGAUUGAUGCGCACCACGCUGACGAGGGCUCGAGCGCCGAGGCUCCAGCUUCACAGCACCUAUCUGCCCUUCAAGGUCUUGGUCUCGAGUUUGACUCUCCCGAUCCCAACGCUGGCCCUGCCUCUACUCAAGGUGGCGUGAAAGGCUUUGCGCCCAUCACCACCGACCUCCUCCGUCAGGCCUCACGAUGCAUGACCCGCUUCCCGCAACAUUCCGCUUCGCCCCACCUAUCCAUUCAAAUGUCCCCUGGCGACAAUGACAAGCUCAACCGCUCUCGCUCAAAGUACAAAGAAGCUCUUCUCACCCGCGCAUCUCGUCAAGAAGAUCUCCACUCUCAAGACCCUCACAAACACGGUCUCGGCUUUGACCUCGUCAACGGCCCAAGCCCUCUACUCCCCAACGACUGCCGCUCGCCUCGUACAGCAAGUGGCAAAGUGCUCGGCAGCAGCGCACCCAGCGGCCUGAACGCAAUCGUCCAAGGGUCUCCUGCAGACGUCGCUGUACACCGUGCACAAGUCAACACCAACACUCAGGCUCUGUUGCACUCGCAAAGCAUCGCUUCUUCAAUCUCUGCUUUCGUCUAUAACGCCACUCCCGCACCGACUGCCGAUGCAGAACAACCUCUUCCCCUCUCGCCGAACAAGCCCAAAACCGGCAGCAUCGGAUGGCGUCGCAGCACAACAGCACGAAGGAGUCAAGCGCUCGCGCUAGGUAUGCGAUCUGACAAGCAGCACACUAAUCAAGACAGUGCCGAUGCCAAGUUCGUCAAUAUCGAUUUGGACCAUGGUGGGCUUCAGACUGAAGUAGAGAUUGAGAAGAAAGGUGGAGAGGCGGCAAAGGCCGGUCAGUGGGUGAGCAAGCUAUGGAGCGCAAUGGCUUCUCCCAGGAAGACGUCGUUUGGUGUUGGGGCAAGUACAGGUGAUCGUAGUGUUGAUUUGGAGCUGGCAGAUAGCUCAGGUGAUCAGAGUGGAGAGAAGGUGGAAGGAUCGACCUCAGGAAAGGGAGCUAAGGGGGAGAGGACGGCUUCUCGUGCCUCCUUCAGACCGCUUUCGCUCGUAGAGAAGAGGCAGAGCAGCGCAAGGUAUCACUUGGAUGCAGCUACGAGGCAGAGAUUCAGAUCGCCAACGCCAGGUGAGCAAGAUGAGGUGGCCGAGAAAGACGCUCGUGCUGUAGCUUUGCGAUUGCUCGCCGGCUCGCCACGCUUACCACCUCCCGCCGAAGAGCAGGCUGAUGGCCGCGCCGAUCUCUCAUCCGAAAAAAGGGAGAAAGAACCUAUCGACGCACUCAAGAAGCUUCGUCGUAUGAGCGCCGUCGAGCGUCAAAAGAAACGAAACUCUGGUAUCGCAUACAUCACUUCCACUACGGCCGAGGUCGAAUCCCCUCGCCUCGCAUACGUCUGCAACUCCACUGACGAUGCUGCUCAGCACCAAGUUGACCCAGCAGUCCGCCAUGGUGGUCUGUCGAGAGCAGGAAGCAUGAACAACAAGCGUAUGUCGAUGACGAUGUUUGGCGGCAAGGAACGAUUCAGUACUUCGCCAAUGCCACUGUCAACUGACACCACGGCAGCAGCAGUAGCGACGGCGGUGGGUGCGGAGCGAGCUUGGCUUGAUGCGAUGCGCUCUCCGCGGAUGGCAGACAGCCCAUCGGGCUUCACACCAACGAUGAUGUUCGAACCUCAGGACUGGGGUGUCAAUCCGCCACAGCAGCGACAGGAUUCGAACCACAUCCCGCUCAUGCUGUCGGGCAGUGCUACUGCAGCUCAUCGUCAAGCUCCACCUCCAGUCUCAGCCAAUGAGCAUGGUCUGACAGUAUCAGGGCUCGUUCGAGCACGCGACCAGAUGCGACGCCUCGCCGGUCAGGGUAUGGCGUUCAAGUCCGAAGAAUUCGCACAGGCUGGGGCAGGAGAGACCUUCCACACGUCCAUGCCGGAUGCUCCUGAUUCUUGGUCCUACCCUCAACACCCUCACCACCACCAGCAGUAUUACGCCAAAGACGAUUCAUACCACGAACAAGAGUACGAGCAGGCACAAUACCACAUCACCGCACUGGGCGAUUUUGGUAUCAGCCCCGGGAAGAAAGAAGUCCAUCUCCACCGACGUACCCGUACAGCUCGCUUUGCCCUUGACGAACAACACCACCACUACGAUGACAACGAAGAAGAUCAUCCCGCGGUAUCCAUCUUCACUCGUAGCCAACACCGUCAUCGUGCAUCUGGCAGUUUCUCUCUCCGCUACGGCUCUCACGAUCAGCACCCCGCUCCCCGGCUCAUAUCCAACCGAAGCAGAUCAAAGCGUCGCGCAUCCACCCACCACGCAGCAGCGGCUAAUCACGGACUUUUCACUAGCCCAGGAGCACUGCUGGACAGCAACACGCCAAGCAAGAACAUGUUUUGGGCCGGUUUCCUCGGUAUGCCAUGGCUAUGGAUGAUUGGUGGCUGGUACCUAACUCCCGA